AGAGAAAUCGAGUGAAAUCAUGUCAGGAGAUGGCAAUCAGCCACUCGGUCCGAUAUUUUUGAAUGUUUUUUACAAACUGAAGAAUCGCGCAGUGACAUUGUCGCAGAAGAUAUUUGGGGCAAUUCUGUUGAAUCUGCCACUGGGUUAUUUGGAUCCAGUCCUUGAAGAAUACAUGGAAUACAUUUGGACCGCAACGCAACAGAAUUCGAUUCAAUAUUGGGACGACAUUGCACCCAAAGUUGAAUAUGACAGCCCAGUUGGACUUGUACUUUCAGGCAUCAAGUACUUGUUGCGUCACCGCGGAACGUCCAGUGAUCUCAAACGACCGCUCAGAUACUUGUUACUACAUUUGAAGAGAGCCACAACCACCUACCCGGAAGAAUACCCCGUGGAUAUGCAAGUACUUUUCGACAAUGGCGAUGAUUUGAAAAAACUGUUUUCUAUGAUUCAAGAUGAUGUGAUCAUUCCGGAACUGAUUGAACUGAGAGACCGCUUUAUUGAAAAUACAAAGAACGUAGACAUUGCCAAUAUUUUACAGGGAAUGAGUAAAUACAUUUAUCGCAAGCCUGUCGAUUUGCUAAUCGCUGUGUUGGUGAGAAUACAAGGACGAGUUCAGAGAGAGGAUAUCACGGACUUGAUUACGAAGUUACUGGCAAUUUUGGUUGUGAAAAAAGAACUUUAUCCGCUGUCGAUAACCGUGCCAGAAAAUGUUGACUUAAUUCUACUUCUCAAUUUCCUAUACGUGCCGAAUGGCAGCCCCGAGAUUUCUGCCCUUGGUAAAAACAUCCAAGAUUAUCUGGACGAAAAUUUGGAACUCUUGGAGGAUCUGUCUCAGCUCACUCGCAACGUGGAUAAAGAGACGUGUCAUCGUCCGAUACAAUGCCUGGUGUCUAUUCUUGUUGAGAUCAUUCGACCUAGUACGGUGCAGCAGCUUCGAAUACCUUCCACCUUGAGAUUGAUGAUUAAAAAGUUACUGCUUAUGAUUAGGGAUACAGUUGACAGCGACAAAGGCAAAAAUGUCGUCAGUUUGUUAUCAUUCGAAGUGUUUAUAAUUAAAAAUAUUCUCACUGCUGUCGACCUUCAACCAAACGCGGAGGAACCUGACUUCGAGGAACCUGGAAUAAAUAACCCACCCAAUUCCGUAGACGAAUCACCGUUUAGACCGGCAAACGAAUCGGAGCAUCCGGGUUUUGGUCCAAAACCAGAUCCUGGUCCCAGACCAGAUUCUAAUCAACAGCCAGAUCUUGGCCCAAAGCCAGAUUUUGGUCCAAGGCCAGAUUCUGGUCCAAGGCCGGAUUCUAAUCAACAGCCAGAUUUUGGUCCAAGGCCAGAUUCUAAUCAACAGCCAGGUUUUGACCCGAAGCCAGAUUCUGGUCCAAGGCCAGAUUCUAAUCAACAGCCAGGUUUUGGUCCAAAGCCAGAUUUUGGUCCAAGGCCAGAUUCUAAUCAACAACCAGAUUCUGGUCCAGGGCCAGAUUCUAAUCAACAGCCAGGUUUUGGCCCUCAGCCAGAUUUUGGUCCCAGGCCGGAUUCUAAUCAACAGCCAGAUUUUGGUCAAAGGCCAGAUUCUGGUCCAAGGCCAGAUUCUAAUCAACAGCCAGGUUUUGGCCCAAGGCCAGAUUCUGGUCCAGGGCCAGAUUCUAAUCAACAGCCAGAUUCUGGUCCAAGGCCAGAUUCUAAUCAACAGCCAGGUUUUGGCCCAAGGCCAGAUUCUGGUCCAGGGCCAGAUUCUAAUCAACAGCCAGGUUUUGACCCAAAUCCAGAUUUUGGUCCAAGGCCAGAUUCUAAUCAACAACCAGAUUUUGGCCCAAGGCCAGAUUCUGGUCCAAGGCCGGAUUCUAAUCAACAGCCAGGUUUUGGCCCAAAGCCAGAUUUUGGUCCAAGGCCAGAUUCUAAUCAACAGCCAGGUUUUGGCCCAAGGCCAGAUUCUGGUCCAAGGCCGGAUUCUAAUCAACAGCCAGGUUUUGGUCCAAGGCCAGAUUCUAAUCAACGGCCAGGUUUUGGCCCUCAGCCAGAUUUUGGUCCCAGGCCAGAUUUUGGUCCCAAGCCAGAUUUUGGUCCAAGACCAGAUUCUGGUCCAACACAGAGACCCCAUGAUAAUUCAAAGUUGCCUGAAGAGGCACCAAUUCUCCCGCCAAACAUCAACUUCGAAAAGCCAUUCUCCGUGAUCUUUCCGGGAGAUGAUGCACCGCCUUACCUAUCGCCCGACAGACCCAGUGACAUAAAUGAUAAGGAAAUUGUCCUAGAGUUUCCUCCAAUAACCGUUCUGCUACAAAGUUUCAAUCCAAAUACACUUUUCAACCCCGAUGAGCUACCCGAAAUACCGAAUCUAUCCAAGCCUCUUCAGAUUAUCUUCGGAAUCAAUUACGUCACGGUAAUUCUAGGAAAAGUCGACAAGGCAAAGUAUCCGACUGUGAUAUCGCUGAUGUAUGAUUUACUGAACCACGCAUUAACUGACUCGAGGGUGAUGGCAAAUCCCAAAUUACUUUUAACCAUUAAGGUAUAUCUGAAAGCUAUUGAUUACCUCAGCACUACGGCAUUGUUAAACAUUGCCGUAAAGUAUCAAAACGUAACGUCAGAUGUACUUUAUAUUUCUUUUAAUCCUGAUAAUCCCGAGGAGAAUCAUGUGGAAUCUAGACCACCGCAGAAAAAACCAAGUGGGUAUGUAGUGAUGCCAAUUUAUCAUCCUAAAUAUCUGCUGCAGCACGUAGAUCCAGUUGAUCCCUAUGGCACACUGAUACCGAAACUUGGGGAAGGUGAAGAAAAUCCGAUUCAGGACCUGAUAAAUGAUGGUUCACUUCAAGAAAUUUUGGGUCCCCAUUUCAAUCCUCUUUCAAGUCCUAACAAGGCCACUCUGUUAGUGGCAGUUUUGCACAAACUCAUCGAAUCGAAUCGGGUGAAGUCAAAUCCUUGGCUGUUACAAAAACUGACUGCAUAUUUGCUGAGUAUCAAAACCGUAGCAAUGUUUACAAAGAUUUCAACUGAUUACACUUAUCAACUAGUCGAAAUGCAACCGGAUCAAGGAACCAACUGGCAGCCGGAGACAAUCAGCCUAAUUGUCGCUCUUCCACAGGGUCGUAACCAGGAUGAACUUAAAAAGUUGUGGAUUGUCAAAGCGUUUUUGGCGAUACCGAGUUUAAUCGAACUCCUGGAAAUUGGUACAGUACCGUAUUCAAUCACUCGCGGAGAGCUAUUGAAGAUAAUAUUUAAUGCCGCGAUUCGGGGCAACAAGAUAAGAUUGGAUGACGAUACUUUGGACGCACUUAAAUACUACGAAAAUAAAAUCAUGAUGGAUGGUUCCGGGUCAUUGCCUGUCGGUUGGGUUUGGAUGGAAGUGAUCAUCAUCACCGAGGAAAUCCCUCUUGGAGAAAUGAUCGAGUCGUUGUUGGAUUACAACGCUUUGCCUCACGAUAUACCGUAUGCUUAUAAUGAUGUAAUUCAAUACUUGAUUGAAAAUCCAUAUCUUCUUCAAAGUGACGGUGAUUUUGCUUUCGAACAAUAUAAUACGAAAGGAUCAUUUCUUAAAGGGCUGUUCACACACUUAUCGCGUGAGCCCAACGUGGACCCUAAUAUUCAAACGCAAGUGGGACGAUUAAUUCCGUUCAUAAAAGAGACCGGUCCUGGAUCAGAACGAAUGAGUUACACCGUGCAGAAUAAGUAAACAAUUGAGAAAUCUACGGAAAUGAAUAUUCUGCAAUGUCUUUGAACGAUUAUCAGAGUCCUGUAGUGGUUAAGAAAAAUAAAAUGUUUUGUACGAACGGUUUCUCAUUGUACCUUCUGCAAU